CGGGCUAGAGUUUGCAGUUGACAAACAGUCCAGACAAAUGGGGGCAGCUCAAUGGUUUUAUAUCUUGGAAUGAUUGAAUCAAUAACGAGGGUCGAUGCCGGCGGAUGCCUCUGAUAUGGAGUUGAAUGAUCCGGUCGCGUGUGGAGCCAAAACCCCCGGACCGGCUACGCCGUCGCGUUCACGAUCGGGUGCCGCUCCUUGUCCCUGCUCUCUCAGCUGCGCCUCACUACGCCUCAGUCUCACCGAGAUUUUCAAUGCCAUUGUCUCGUUUCCCAUGACGAAAUGCGCGAUUACCCGGCGGCCCUUUGAGAUCUGGGGCAAUUGCAUCAUACUCUCCUUAGGGGCCACUCGAUCUGUCGAUUUUAUCUCUCCGCCUCUUGAUGGCUGGCUUUUGUAGCAUCGGUUUAGUCAUUGUGGCCAACGGUGGGUUUGAUGGCACAACUUAGUCCCGCAUUUCUUCAAUGGCGAUACAGGUA